AUGCAGACUCCGAGCGCUCUUCGCCUUGUGGCGCUGGCCGCAAUGGCGUCGCUCUCAAUCAUGGUCGCUCACGCGCAGCUUGUGGGCUCCAACACGGCCGAGACCCACCCGCCGCUCACGACUCAGACCUGCACGAGCAGUGGCUGCACCGACGAGGAUACCUCCAUCGUGCUGGACGCCAACUGGCGCUGGCUGUACAAGGAGGGCACGUCCACGAACUGCUACACCGGAAACUCGUGGGACAAGACCAUUUGCUCGGACCCCAAGACGUGUGCGUCCUCCUGUGCCCUCGACGGCGCCGACUACACCGGGACCUACGGUAUCACCGCUGAGAGCAACAGUUUGAGCUUGAAGCUGGUUACCAAGGGCCCGUACAGCACCAACAUCGGCUCGCGUGUGUACAUGAUGGAGUCGGACGACGCGUACAAGGCCUACAAGCUGCUGAACCAGGAGUUCACCUUCGAUGUGGAUGUAUCGGACCUCGACUGCGGUUUGAAUGGAGCCCUUUACUUCGUCGACAUGGACACUGAUGGCGGCAAGAAGCGCUUUUCGGGCAACAAGGCUGGCGCCAAGUUUGGUACGGGCUACUGCGAUGCCCAAUGUCCUCAAGAUCUCAAGUUCAUCAGCGGUGAGGCCAACACUGUCAACUGGACAACCAGUGCCACCGACAGCAACUCUGGAACCGGUAACUAUGGUUCGUGCUGUGCCGAGAUGGAUAUUUGGGAGUCCAACAGUAUUAGCAACGCGUACACUUCGCACCCCUGCUCGGUGACGUCGGAUGCCGGAGGCUCGUACCGGUGCGAGAGCGCCACCGAAUGCGGCACCGGCACAUCAAACCGCUACACUGGCGUUUGCGAUAAGGACGGCUGCGACUUUAACCCGUACCGAAUGGGCAACAAGACGUUCUUCGGCCCCGGAUCGGACUUCACCAUCGACACGACCAAGAAAUUCACGCGGUUCUACAUCCAGGACGGCACAACCUACGAGAUGCCGUACUCCACUUGGCCGGGUCUUACGGACAUGAACUCGCUGACAGACGACCAGUGCUCUGCAGCGAAGAAGUUGUUCGGCGAUAAGGACGACCACAAGGUUAAGGGUGGACUUGCUCAGCUCGGUGUCGCGAUGAAGCGAGCCAUGUGCCUGUGGCUGGACUCAGACUAUCCGGUCACCGCCGAUGCGUCGAAGGCUGGUGUGGCUCGUGGCACGUGCGCUAAGACGAGCGGUGACCCGGACACGGUCGUCUCCGAGCAGGCCGACGCUACUGUUGUCUUCAGCAACAUCCGCUUCGGCGAUAUUGGCACAACCGUUGAUGGUAUCAGCGCUGGAUCGACCAGCAGCAGCACGGCAACCGAAAUGAGUGCAUCGGGCGCCUCGUCAUCCACCAGAACCUCUGCUCCGUCAGCUUCAAUUGCGUCGUCUUCAUCGACGAACUCAGCAAUUUCAACGGAUGCGAGCGAUGAAACUAGCACGGAUGCUGGCAUUGACUCCACUUCGUCUGUAGCCUCGGAAUCAAGUCAGGAUACCAGCUCGACGGCGGUGCCGAUGGAUGCAAGCACCGGUGCUGACAGCGCGUCGACAACGGUGGAUGCAAGCACCGAUGCUGACAGCGCGUUGACAACUGGCUCUGAAUCGGAAGGUACUGGUACUAACGCCCCAGCGAGCACGAGCAAGGCGCCGACCAAGCAGUGCAAGACGAAGCGCUAUUAG